AUGCGUCUCCCAGGCUGCCCAGGCCCUGGCUCCCACCAGGCCCUGCCACCCUGGAGCCUGAGCCCAGGACCAGCAACCGCCAGCCUGCUUUGUCUUGCAGUGGAGCUCGACCACGCCCUGGGCCACCAGGAGCCCCACUGGAAGGAGUUUCGCUUUGACCUGACUCAGAUCCCGGCGGGGGAGGCGGUCACAGCUGCUGAGCUCCGGAUCUACAAGCUGCCCAGCACCCACCCUCUCAACAGGACCCUCCACGUCAGCAUGUUCGAGGUGGUCAGAGAGCGGGCCAACAGGGAGUCUGACUUGUUCUUUUUGGAUCUUCAGACGCUCCGAGCUGAGGACGAGGGCUGGCUGGUGUUGGACGCGACAGCAGCCAGUGACCGCUGGUUGUUGAACCGUAACAAGGACCUGGGACUCCGCCUCUAUGUGGAAACAGAGGACGGGCGCAGUGUGGAUCCUGGCCUGGCCGGUCUGCUGGGGCGACGGGCACCACGCUCCAAACAGCCUUUCAUGGUCACCUUUUUCAGGGCGAGCCCCAGCCCCAUCCGGGCCCCUCGGGCAGUGAGGCCCCUGAGGAGGCGGCUGCCGAAAAAAACCAACGAGCUGCCGCAGCCCAACAAGCUCCCGGGGAUCUUCGAUGAUGUCCAUGGCUCCCACAGUCGGCAGGUGUGCAGUCGGCAUGAGCUCUAUGUCAGCUUCCAGGACCUCGGCUGGCUGGACUGGGUCAUCGCCCCCCAGGGCUACUCAGCCUAUUACUGUGAGGGGGAGUGCUCCUUCCCGCUGGACUCCUGCAUGAACGCCACCAACCAUGCCAUCGUGCAGUCCCUGGUGCACCUGAUGAAGCCGGACGCGGUUCCCAAGGCGUGCUGUGCGCCCACCAAGCUGAGCGCCACCUCUGUGCUCUACUAUGACAGCAGCAACAACGUCAUCCUGCGCAAACACCGCAACAUGGUGGUCAAGGCCUGUGGCUGCCACUGAGGCCCCGCCCUGGCCGCUGCAGGGCCUCCAGCCUGGAUCAGUCUCUUUGCAGAGGCUGA